UUCCACCGACAAGUCUGCAAUGGAUCCACGACCUCUAUCGCCGUCGCUGUCCUUUUACCAUCGCCUGUUGCUGUUGUGCUUGUGGCCGUUGUUGCUAGAACCAUGUGCCGCGGUUGACCGUCCGGCCAACACGUCGCUAACGAAGGACGUCCCGCGGUGUUCCAACAACUACACCAUGGCGUGCGUGAAGAGGGACAUGCUUAUGUUUUUGGAUACGCUGGACGGCGAUAGGAGCUACGAACUGUUCCCGGGAUUCACGAUAUACCAGAGCCGUGUCAAGACGGCUAUGGUGUCGAACGACUUGCGCUUGGACCAAGCCAACUCCACCGAGCUGGACUUGUUGAUCAGCAAAAGACUCAGCGAUUACAUGGAGAGCGUCGACAUCAGAGUGAAACUGAUCAGCCCGGGCAACUCGACGGCCAGGUCGAUCGGCACCAGCAUGCUCGAAAGGGUGUUGCCGUUUCUCAGAAUGAGUAGGAAAAAGAAAGACUACCACGGUCUGUACUGGGCAGCCGCCACAAUGGCCACUGUCGGCGCGAGCGCCCUGAUGGCUUUGUCCAGUAAAGCCCUGAUGACCGCUGGUGCCGCCCUGGCCGUGGCCAUUUACAGUUGCAUGAAAGGAGGAGGCGGUGGCGGAGGUGGCGGUGGCGGCAAAGGCGGUGGCAGCCAUUUAACGGCCACGUUGAUGGAGGAGAGCACGCUGAUCCCGCACAGGCAAUGCGCGGAAGCCGUGGUCGACAUAUCUUCGGGACACGGUUUCCCGGACACAGAACGGUAUCCCGGAUCCAGGAAAACCGUAGAGAUAGUGUCGCCAGCCAUGCCGGUUUACAGGAUCCAAGCGGAUGACUACUCUUCGUCGUACAACAACGCACCGUCCUCGUCUUAUCCGUAAAGCCAACCCGGAAAUGAAAACUUAAAUAACGCUUUUUUCUCCUCUAGUACAGUAUAUGGGACGAGACACGGUAUCGUAAGAUUGCUACUUAUCAGUUAAGUUCACCAUCUGUCCUCUUCAUUUAGACAUUGCACGGUUUCUUAGAUGUUUGUAUAAGUCUCUUUAGUCGUAUUGUGUUUUUGUAAGCCAAUAAAGUUAUUCAGGGGUGAUGGAAUCCACAGACGUGAUUGAAAAUUGUUCGUAUAAUAUUCUUAAUAUAACCAUAUAAACGAAUAGGAGAGUCAACA